AUGUUGGGGGAUUUCAUUAAUCGUAUUCUGAUUCUCCUUCUUGGGUAUGCUUAUCCUGGAUUUGAAUGCUAUAAAACGGUUGAGAAAAAUAGGGUUGAUAUCGAAGAACUUCGAUUUUGGUGCAAAUAUUGGAUUAUUGUGGCACUCUUCACGGUAUUGGAAAAGUUUUUGGAUAUAUUUAUUGCAUGGUUGCCUAUGUAUGGAGAGGUGAAGUUGGUGUUCUUUGUUUACAUGUGGUAUCCUAAAACUAAGGGAACAAGUUAUAUAUAUGAGACAGUGUUGAGGCCAUAUGUGUCAAAACAUGAAAAUGACAUUGAUAGAACAAUACAAGAAUGGAAAGCUAGAGGAUGGGAUUAUGUAAUAUUUUAUUGGCAAUAUUGUGCACAAUUUGGACAUACUGCAUUUCUUCAGCUUCUUCAACAAUUGGCUUCUCAAUCUUCUAAACUUACUUCCAGGUCCACUGUUCCGAAAAGUGAUGAGCAUGGUCAAAGUGUUGAACAAACAUCAACAAUGCAAUCAUCGUACUUUAUGAAGCAAAGUUCACUAAGCAAAAGCAAGAAAUGGCCAACUAGUCCACCAUCAUCACCAAGUACAAUCAAUCGUCACAUCUCGGAUACAGUGAAGACGCAAACGAUGCAUGUCAACGUUGAUGGUCAUACUGAAUAUGUAGAUGAAGAAGGAGAUGAAGCAUGGGAAUCUGAAUCCGUCUCAAUAGACGAAGGUCAAGAUGAAGCGCGCGCAAAUGUGAGCGUGAAGGAUAGAAUCGACAGAGCACGCGCAAGACUCAGGCGAUUAGAUACACAAAACCCUCGAUCACCUAAGACCCCUCAACGUCGCCAAUUGUAA